UAUUAUUAUUAUUAUUAUGUAAUACAUCCUUGUUAGGAAUGAUUGGAUGAAACGAUUGAAGAGAUUCAUUUAUUAGAUGCUUAUUUACAACAACAACAACAUUAACAGCAACAAAAAUGACAGAAAGGAAACCCAUUUGAACAGUGAUUUAACUUAUUCUAUCGUCUAUAAAACUAUGAUGUAAUUAUAUCAAAUUUUGAUCACAUUAUCAUGUACCAGUUGUGAAAUACACGAUUUAAUUUGUAUCCUUUCAAAUGUUCCAAAAUCAUCGAAUAUAAUCAUAACUGAUGUGAAUGGAUUACAUGUACCAUGUUCUGGUUCAAUGUUAGCAAAUACAUAUAAUACACCAUAUACUGUGACAAUAACACACAGUUCAGAGCCAAGUGAAAUAACCCUCAUUGUUCGAAUGUUUGAGUCGCUCACAAAACAAAUAAAUGAUACAAUGAAAAUUUCCGAUUUGAAGAAUGAAUUCACAGAUCGAAUGCAACUAUUGGAACAACGAAUUAUGGUUGAAUCCGAUCGUCAUAAUGAUAUAGAUAGAAUUAAAAAAGAACUGAAAGAGUUAAAAAUUCAAAUUCAUGAAAGAAAAACUGGUUUAACAAAUAUCGGUUCAGAACGUACCUAUUUAGGUAAUAUACGAUUAAGUAAUGAUGGUGUGAAAAUUCUGGAUUUACAGAAUUUACCCAUUUUUGAAAAGUAUACAUUAACACAAUCAACUAUUGAUUUUUUGAAGAAACCAACAUUUGAUAUUUGGCAUUGGGAACCAAAUGAAAUGUUAGCUCUAUUGGAACACAUGUAUAACGAAUUAGGUGUAGUUUCGGAAUUCAAUAUUAAUCCAUUAACAUUGAAACGUUGGUUGUUAUCCAUACAAGCGAAUUAUCGUAAUAAUCCAUUUCAUAAUUUUCGACAUUGUUUUUGUGUUGCACAAAUGAUGUAUGGAAUUUUAUAUUUAUGUGGAUUGAAUAAUGAUUUUUCACGUGAAGAAUUAGGAAUCCUAUUGACGGCUGCUGUAUGUCAUGAUUUAGAUCAUCCAGGAUAUAAUAACUCUUAUCAAAUAAACGCAAGAACAGAACUGGCCAUACGAUAUAAUGAUAUAUCACCAUUGGAAAAUCAUCAUUGUGCUGUUGCAUUCAGUAUAUUGAAUAAUCCUGAAUUAAAUAUUUUUGCAAAUGUCAAUCAAGAAGUAUUCCGUCGAAUAAGACAGGGUAUGACAAGUUUAAUUCUCUCUACUGAUAUGGCAAGACAUGGUGAAAUAUUAGAAACAAUGAGAAGACAUUUAGAAGAAGGUUUUUCAAUGAAUAAAAAAGAACAUCGUGAAACUUUCAAAAUGGUUCUCAUUAAAUGUUGUGAUAUAUCAAAUGAAGUAAGACCAUUAUCGGUCAGUGAACCAUGGGUUGAUUGUUUAUUGGAAGAAUAUUUUAAUCAGUCUGACCGAGAGAAAUUAGAAGGUUUACCAGUAGCACCAUUUAUGGAUCGUGAAAAAGUCACUAAACCAUCAGCACAAAUUGGUUUCAUCAAAUUUGUCCUCAUUCCAAUGUUUCAAACGGUGGCAAGUGUUUAUCCAAUUAUUGAUGAACUUAUGGUAACUCAAUUGAAAUCAGCAUUAGAACGUUAUGAAAAGAUGUUGGCUGAAGAAGAAGAAACAAAACGUAACUUACAAAUGAAUGAAGCAGAUUAAUACUUUAAUAAAAGACAUGCUGAACUGAUACACACACACACACAUGCAUACAAUCAAGAAUUUUAUAUACGUGAAUAUAAAGGUGAUCAUUUUUGGCUUCCAUUCUCAACGUAAUAAAAUAAUCAUGUUGUCUUUU